AAAGAAAACGAGACAUUCUCAGUUGCCUUUUAGCAGUGAGGGAGGGAGGUUGCGCUCUGUCUCCCGGAACUAUAACAGUGCUUUAUGAAAUGAGUUUGUGGUGAGACGGACAAGCACCACCACCACCACCACACCACCACCACCACCAUGCACCCUAGCCUUCUAAUACUGCUGCUGCCCCUCCUGCUGCCGCCCCCCGCACGCCCCCAGCACCUCGAGAAUGACCUGCAGUCCCUCCUUCACGACCUGGGUGGAGGAGGAGCGGGUGGAGGAGCAGGAGGUGGAGGUGAUGAUGACUUUGAAGUAGAAUUAAUAUAUAGACCAGAAGGGGAGGAAGAGCCGCUUGCCGCCGCCUCCUCCUCCUCUUCCUCCUCUACCCCCGUGGGCGUGAGGAGGCUCUGGGGCGUGGAGGAUACCCAGGCGUUCAUAGGGCGUCUGUUCUCCCAUGCAGUACCUCAGGAUGCCUUCCAGGGAGACGUGGAGGCCUAUCAGGUGAAGGGUCUGCCGGCGUGGCUGGCGUGGGAUGCUGCCCGGAGCGUGGUGGAGGGGGUGGCGCGCCCCUCGGACCGCGGCCACCACUACGUGACUAUCCACGCCAGGGGCACGGACGGCUCCCGCGCCAAGGACGUCUUUGCCAUUGAAGUAGUGGACCUGCCUGGUUCCUUCUUGGGUCAUGAGGGGGCGUGUAGCGGACGCUCUGAUGUCACCGUGCUGUCUGUGUUGCUGGAUGCGCAUCUCUCCUCCUUGUCCGCACUCCGCCGCCUCUCGCUCCUCCGCGCGGCAAACAAGUUCCUCGGUUUAAAUGCUUCCUUGGUGCCAGCUGCCCAUGACGCCGACCCCUUGGCUAUCGACGCGGCACUCCAGGCAGGCCCAGGGAGUGCCAAGCUUGGUGUGGGGAGGCACGGCAUUGCUCGCACCCUGUCACAGCUGCAGUGGGUGGUGGGCUGCAACGGCGAUAUACGUGCAUCUGCCCAGGCUGCGGUGGACAGGACAGAGGUGAUGGCCAAGAACGGGAACCUGCAGGAGCUGUUGGGAGUGCCUGUGCUGGGCUGGCAUGUCACUCAGGUGAACCCCAAGUCAAACCGUGUGCGCCGCCAGGUAGACUUCUCUGGCGACUACGGCCUGAACACCUACGAGGACGGCGAGUAUGGCGACUAUGCUAACUAUGACUACAAUGGCGAAUAUGACUAUGAAGAUUACAUUUACGAGGACACCAAGAGAGAGAACGGGAGGGUCAUUAAUUUUGACUACGGAAUAGACCCAGAACCAGAGACGAGGGUGAUUCCUAGUCUGGCCACUCCAACAUUCCCAGAUUCCUCAGCAACACUCCUCCCCAGCCCCCCUUCUGGCCCCCGUGUGCAUCCAGAUCCUUCUCUUCAUUUCUCUCCUGUGUUCAUCUCUACACCAGUUUAUGUCCCCGAGAAACCAACAAGAAUUCUCGAGGCCAGCCCUACUGUGGCCUAUGAGUCUGCCUACCCAACGGGACUGCCCUACCCCAACCUAGAGGGCUCCAUUGUGUCUCAGCCCUCUGCCACUAUCACCACCACCACACCACUGACUGCCACCACCACCGCCUCGCAGCCUGGCCCCGUCACCACCCAGCCCAUCGCCCCCUCAUCAGUCCACACCCACACCGAGACAGAAACGGGUAUGAUGAACUCUCCACCCAGGGUCAAGAACAGGAUCCCCAAGCUUGGAUGGACUGCCGGCCAUGUUUACCGCCUGCCCAUACCAAGCAACACCUUUGAGGACUUCGAGGACGGAGACACGAGAAAUCUUGAUCUUCACUUCAAGGACAGCAAUGGGAAGGAGAUAGGUUAUAAUUCCUGGAUCCAGUUCAACACCACUUCUAAGGAGAUCUAUGCCCUGCCCCUAGAGAAGCACAUUGGCCACUACACAUACCUGCUGGAGGCCAUGGACAGGGAUGGAAAGAUUGGUGUGGAGACUGUUAAAAUUCACGUACAGCAGCCAAAGGAAGGAAGAAAUUACAACCAUCGUUUCUCUGCCGUGUUUAAGACUGAGAAGACUUACGAGUACAAAUUUGUCAUCUCUCUGAAUUGGCAGGUAAAAGUGGUGGAGAAGAUAGCCCAGCUGUACGGAGACCCUGACACAAACAACAUCAAUGUCCGUGCCAUCUCCACCAGCCCCACCAAACUCACAUGGACCAACACCUCCCUCACAGACUCCCGCUCCACCUUCUGCCCCACCGAUGACCUGGAGGCAGUGGCUGAGGUGGUGGUGGGCAAUGAAGACCACGGCAUGACAAGGGAGGUCAAGGAAGCUUUCAGGCCAGAAUUUCAGCUGAUGCGUGUACAUAUUCACUACAUGGGUCACUGUGAGGUCCUGCGUUCCAAGCCAGGUGGCCCCAGAACACCCAUGGCCCCCCCCUGGUAAGCUCCCACACCCCCAGUAGCUUUGAGGUACUUUUCUCCCCCUAGACAAGAUUUAGAGCCAAUCAUGCGGAACCCAAUUGACCUCCUCAACGCCACGGCCGGCACUCUGCUCCGCUUCCAGGUGCCUGAGGACACUUGCUAUGACCUGGAGGAUGGGGACUCACACAAGCUGAAGAUGCGUCUGCUUACUGCCAACCUUGCCCCCAUCUCCCCCGACUCCUGGCUGCAGUUCGACUCGGCCAACCACGAGUUCUUUGGGGUCCCGCUGACCAGCAAUGUGGGCAAGACUGAGUACAAUCUGGAGUGUGUGGACAAGGGCGGCAAGAAGGUGAUCGACGCGCUGUUUGUCAACGUGCUGCAGCGGCCGGCGCGGGGCCUCACCGCGGCACACUUCUCCAUCACCCUGCAGCACAGCUUCAGGGAGUUCAUGCGCAAUGGACACCUCAAGGCACGGCUGGUGGAGCGCAUCGCCACGGUGUUCGGCGACCCCGACCCGCGCCACGUGGCCAUCGAUGCCAUGAAGCAGGGCUCCGUGGUGGUGACCUGGCACAACUCCUCGCUGCCCGGCGACCCGUGCCCAGAGGAGGAGAUGAUGCGGCUCAGGAAGGUCAUGAUGGACGAUGACGGCAACCUCCUGCCGUCCUUCGUGGAGGCAUUCGCCCCGGAGUACCGGGUGGUGAGGGGCGGGCUGGUGCCGGCCGGCGUGUGUCUGGGUGGUGAUACCCCCACCCAUGUGGAGGAGGAAGAGCACCAGCCACCAGUGGAGGACAGCAUCCAGGGCGAUGACAACGACUACCUCAUCAACUUCAUCAUCCCGGCCGUCAUCAUCGCCGCCAUGCUGCUGCUGGCCGCCGUCAUCGCCUGCUGCCUGUACCGCCGCCGCCGCUAUGGCAAGAUGACCAUGGCUGACGACCGCACCUUCGUGUCCAAGGGCAUCCCCAUCAUCUUCGCUGAGGAGCUGACGACCGGGCCCGACCCUGCCAAGAGCCCCGUCAUCAUGAAGGAGGAGAAACCCCCCCUGCCGCCCCCAGAGUACCAGCGGGGCACCUCACCAGCCGCCUCCGCCACUCCGCCCCCUGCCGAUCGCCGCCGCCCCCAGUCCGGCGAGGGGGGUGAUGAUGCCCCCUCCUACCAGCCACCCCCGCCCUUCACUGCCACCCAAUGGAGCCUCGCGCCACCACCCCGCCCCAACAUGCCCCCCACUUACAGGAAACCCCCCACCUACGUGCCUCCCUAAGCCGUCCCAACCCUCACCAGGGCACCAGGCAGGGCGGGGGUGAGGGGUGAGGGGCAGGGAAUGGAGGUUCUGUGCUGUCCCUAUGGUCUGUGGUGUGUGCUGCUGUGAAGGUGUUGUGUUGGUGUGUGUUGCUUUGAUGGUGUGUGCUGGUGUGUGCUGCCUGGCCCUCCAUGUGCCAAGUGCCAGUGUGUUGUCUGUUAGUCAGGGAGGUGCCAUUGUGUGUUGUAAGGUGUUGAAAUCCCUGUAACACCAUUUGGGGGUGUGUGUGCGUGUGUGUGUGUGUGUGUACGUGAGUGCGCAUGUGUUUUAUCGUCUUGUUGCCAGAAGGGUUUUUAUUUUUAAGUAUGUCAAAGCCACAAAUAGGUUUACAUAAGCAUAUCCCUGAAAGCACAAAAAUGAUGAAAUCCA